AUGGAAGUCUUCGUGGAGAUGAGAGGUGUAUGGGGCCCGCAUUUGAUCACAAUGCAUGAAGUUCAAAACAUCCUUGCUCUGCAAAAUGUAGAUACACCAUUGAAAGGCGGUUUGAACACCCCUCUGCAAGAAACGGACUUCUCAGGAGUUCUUCCAACACCUAAAGUUCAAGCUACACCAAAUACUGUACUCAAUGCUGUGGCAGCCACUCCAGCUAGCACAUUUGGAGCGACACCCAGCUCUGUCGGCUCGUUCACACCUGGACCCGGAGGAGCGACACCCGCUUUCCGUGACCAGAUGGGCAUCAAUGAAGGUGGAGCAACAGGUGGAAUUGAAGCUAAAGCAGAGCUACGCAGAGCUUUGGCAUCCCUGCCAGAGCCUCGUAAUGACUAUGAAAUCGUGGCUCCUGACGCUGAGAGUGAAGAAGCUGAAGAAAAAGAGGAAAAUGGAGAGGAAUGGGUUGAUGAUGCUGCUGAUGCAAAAGAAGCUCGUGCUAAAGCUCGUGCUCUCAAGAGACAGCGAGAGUUGGCCGCUAGAACUCAGGUCAUUCAACGCUCCCUUCCAAAACCGUCGAAAGUAUGUGACGCUGCCUUCAAGCCAUCGCUGAACAGAACGGAAAUGGCAAGGGCUGAUGAUUUGAUCAAAGCGGAAAUGGCCCGAUUGGUGGCGUGGGAUGUUCAGAAUCAAGUUCCCAGUGAAGUGUACGAUGAAAGUGCUAUUAAGAAGGCGUCAGAGAUUAUCACGAAAAACUGCGAAGAAGGUCCUGCUCUGGACGCAUCCAUGUGGGCCGUAAUAGAGCAGUGUAGUUCGGAGUUGGUACAAAGUCGUGGCAAGUUCACGCGAAUUGCUGUGUUGUCUCGUGGAGAUCAGAUUGAAGCACUGCACUCGCAAUUUCAGAUUUACCGUGAUUGGAUGAAUGCCCGGGCGAAGAAGACGGGAAAGCUGGAAAAGAAGUUGAAAAUCAAGCUUGGUGGUUAUCAGUCCCGUUGGCGGAAGAUAGUGGAUAUUGCGAGCGAAGAAAGGGAUUGGAGAGCUCAUGCUGUUUUAUUAGACCCUGGAUGUCGGCCAAGUCUCAUGACCGUAAUUUAUGCGCGAGCAAAAUGCAGGGCAGGAGUACCACCACCAACGAUUGCGCAUUUUGUAUGUAAAUUUGAUUAG